GUUAUCGCGGGAGGGCCACCAUAAAUACCUCUCCUUUGAUGUUUUCCUUUCAGUACCCUUCGAUUAAGUUCGUUUUCGGCUCUCUCUCUCUCUUGGAGUGACGUUGGCAAUGGCGUCCUGCUCCCUCUCGAACCUCGAUCUCUCGGCUGCCUCUUUCCAGGGUUUACUUCCUGUUAGGCCAUUGAAGCAAAGAAUUGCUCCUGCUCAAUUGUCUUUAUGCAACUUUCAACACCCGAAGAAAGCCAAAUUUUUGAAGUAUGGAAGCAGAUUAACAGUUCACGCCAGUUACAGUGGGGACAGUGGAAGGCCAAGUAGUGCAGGUGUCUUUGUUGGGGGAUUCAUAUUGGGAGGCAUUAUAGUUGGAGCUCUUGGCUGUAUAUAUGCACCACAGAUUAGCAAAGCAUUGGCUGGAGCAGACAGAAAGGAUCUGAUGAGAAAACUGCCGAAGUUUAUAUAUGAUGAAGAGAAGGCAUUGGAGAAAACACGUAAGAUCUUAACAGAGAAGAUAGCUCAGCUGAACUCUGCAAUUGAUGAGGUUUCAUCUCAGCUUCGAGCUGAUGACACGGCAAAUGGUGCAGCAACAGCUUCUGAUGAAGUUGAAGCUGCUAUAUGACCACGCUAUAUGAUCACGAUCUUCGUUACAAGACAAGAAGAGCCAGCAUGUGUGAGGAUCAUUUCUUUGAGUUUUGGUUGCACGUGUAAAACCUUCAAAAUCUUCAUGGGAUGACUUUGAAAAGCUUGUUCAGCAUGAUGUCCGUCCAACUGCAUUUUGUUUAUGCCACUUCAAAGGCUUGCUUUCCUCUGGAAUAUAAAUGGCAUGCAUAUUUUGUUAUGAGAACUUUUCUCCAGCAUACGCUGUAACCAUUUGUUCCAUAAUAGUGCACUAACAUCUCCAAGCA